AUGGGUGAGUUGCCCUUAGAUAUCAAUAUCCAGGAACCUCGCUGGGACCAAAGCACUUUCCUAGGCAGAGCCCGGCACUUCUUCACCGUGACGGACCCCCGAAAUCUGCUGCUCUCUGGGGCACAGCUAGAAGCUUCCCGGAACAUCGUGCAGAACUACAGGGCUGGCAUGGUAACUCCAGGGCUCACUGAGGACCAGCUGUGGAGGGCCAAGUACGUGUACGACUCUGCCUUCCAUCCAGACACAGGAGAGAAGGUGGUCCUGAUUGGCCGCAUGUCAGCCCAGGUGCCCAUGAACAUGACCAUCACUGGCUGCAUGCUCAUCUUCUACAGGCAGACCCCAACCGUGGUGUUCUGGCAGUGGCUGAAUCAGUCCUUCAAUGCCAUCGUGAACUAUUCCAACCGCAGUGGCGACGCUCCCAUCACUGUGGGGCAGCUGGGAACAGCAUACGUGAGUGCCACCACCGGGGCUGUGGCCACGGCCCUGGGACUCAAAUCCCUCACCAAGCAUCUUCCCCCACUGGUUGGCAGAUUUGUGCCCUUUGCAGCCGUUGCAGCUGCCAACUGCAUCAACAUCCCCCUGAUGAGGCAAAGGGAGCUGCAGGUGGGCAUCCCAGUGACCAAUGAACAGGGUCAGAGGCUUGGCCAUUCUGUGGUUGCAGCCAAGCAAGGAAUCUUCCAGGUGGUGAUAUCAAGAAUCUGCAUGGCGAUUCCUGCCAUGGCUAUUCCCCCGGUGAUCAUGGACACCCUGGAGAAGAAAGACUUCCUGAAGCGCCGCCCCUGGCUGGGGGCCCCACUGCAGAUGGGCCUGGUGGGUUUCUGCCUGGUAUUUGCCACCCCACUGUGCUGUGCCCUGUUCCCCCAGAGAAGCUCCAUACACGUGAGCAGGCUGGAGCGAGAGCUGAGAGUUCAGAUUCAGGAGCAAAACCCCAGCAUCGAAGUGGUUUACUACAACAAGGGGCUCUGA